AAAGCUGAAGACGUGUCAGAUCCCUCAUGAUUGAAUCAUGGGUGGAGAUUCUUGAUUAUCCUGCAGAUCUUUGCUUUAUGAGCCCCAACAAAAGCAGGUGUUAUAUAUAACCGUUGCAGGUUCCCUGACUCAGUUGGAGGAUUGGAGCUGGGAGAAGCUUCCUGCGAGCAAAGACUCGGUCAUGGAGAAAAUGGACCUGGAGGACGUGGAUUCGGCUCUCAUGGAGAAGGGAAAGAAACCCGCCGCUGCUAAGCCUCCCAGUAAAUUUGAGAGGUUGUACCAGCCCUGCCUGGCUGAGAUCGUGGGCACCAUGUUUUUCGUCUUCAUUGGUUGUGUGUCGGUCAUCGAGAACGUGCCAGCAGCUGGACGGCUGCAGCCGGCUCUGGUUCACGGGCUGGCGGUGGCGGUGAUGGUGGCGGUCAUGGACAACAUCAGUGGCUCACAUUUCAACCCCCCCUUCACCAUCGCCAUAUACCUGUGUGGAGGCAUGCGACUGACAAUGGUGGCGCCCUACCUCAUCAGUCAGCUGAUUGGAGGGGUGCUUGGAGCUGGAAUGGCCAAGCUGAUGACCCCCCCGGACCGCUACAUCAACGCCUCGGGAGCAGCUUUUGACAUCCUCAAGUCCGAGGCGCAGCUGUCCAGAGCCAUCUUUGGGGAGGUGGCCAUGACGUGUCUGGUGACCAUGGUGGUGCUGAUGGUGGCGGUCAAUGGCAAGACAAAAACCCCCCUCGCCCCGUUCCUGGUGGGCUGCACGGUCACCAUCAACAUUUUGGCGGGCGGGGACGUGUCCGGGACGUGUCUGAACCCCGCCCGGGCUUUUGGCCCCGCCGUGAUGGCCAACUACUGGACCUACCACUGGGUGUACUGGGUGGGGCCCAUCGGAGGAGGCCUCCUGGCAGCAGCUCUGCUCCGGCUCGUUCUGGGAGAUAAUAAAUUACGCAUCAUAGUAAAAUCUUAAUUCCAGCCUUUAUUGUGUGUUUAUUAUCACACAGGUGAGAAUCAACUAGUAAACUGUUAUCAGUGUCUAUUGUGCCCUUUUUUUCUAAGCAGUGUAAAAUAAAAAAAGACAAAUGCGCU